GUGCUCGUUAACCACCGUAGAACGGGGAAGCAAAAUGACAGCUAGCUCUCUAACUUCGGCUAAAACGAUAAAAGCGGUGUAGUUUGCGUCUGUUUCACAAAGCUUAAGGCGUCUAAAUCAAUUACAAAAUGGCUCCGGCUUGUUUUGUUUUUAACGUUUUGGAUAAUCAUUAUUCUUCAAAGUUACUUUGGUUUCGUUUUUGGUGGAGCUAAGCUAAUGAUAUUAGCCGAUCCAUCAAAAUCAUGGAAACAUAGGAAAUAUGUUCGGAGGCAUUGUCACUCGGUUGUUUAUCGUUCUCUUCUAUGGUCUGUCUUCACUUGCCUCAGACCUGUUGUCUGUGAAGGAGGGACAGUCAUUCACUCUGCCCACUGAUGUUAAUCUAAUCCAAACAGACAUUAGAAUUAAAUGGUAUUUUAAUAAUAUGCGCAUCGCUCAAAUCAAUAGAGUUCAUGACGGUAAAACCUGUACAGAUGAUCUGUGUAAAGAGAGAUUCAGUGACAGACUCAAGCUGGAUCAACAGACUGGAUCUCUAACAAUCACAAACACCCGAACCACAGACUCUGGAGAUUAUAAAUUGAUGAUUACAAUAUACAGCAGCGACCGUGAACAUAUCUUCAGUGUUUCUGUCAAUUGUGGAUCUGAUGCUUUAGAUGAAGUGUCUGUAAUAAAGGGGGAUUCAGUCACUCUACAUGCUGGUGUAAGAGCUGACCAGGACAGAAGUGUGUGGUAUUAUAAUGAUAUUCGCAUUGCUCAGAUCAGCGGGGGUAAGAUCUGUACAGAUGAUCAGUGUAAAGUGAAAUUUAGAGACAGACUGAAGCUGGAUCAUCAGACCGCAUCUCUGACCAUCAUGAACAUCAGAGAAACAGACGCUGGACCUUAUAAACUAACGAAACGAGACGGUGAUGAAAUCUUCAGUGUUAUUGUUUGUGGUGUUCCGGGUGCACAGAUGAAUAAAGUGAAGAAAAAGUCAGUGAAGGAGGGAGAAUCUGUCACUUUAGAUCCUGAUGUGAUAAACAUACCAAAUAAUUCAACAUGGAAUUUCAAUGAGAUCGUUAUCGCUGUGAUCACUGGAGAUCUUAUUAACACCUGUACAGGUGAUCCGUGUAAAGAGAAAUUUCAAGAAAGACUCUCACUGCAUCAAACUGGAUCUCUGACCAUCGUGAACACCACCGCCACAGACUCCGGAGGUUAUCAACUUAAAAUCAAUGAGUUCAGGAGCAGAUACAGGAUCGAAAGGAUUCAGAGAUUCAAUGUGACUGUGACCUCGUCUGCUGCUGUUACACGUGUCAGAUUUGCUGGGGUUGCUGGUGCUGUUCUGCUGUUUGUGUCUGCAGUGAUCAUCCUUAUUGUUCAAAGUAGAAGAAAGCAGGAUAAGGGAAACUACUCAGCUGUUAAGAAUGGGAAGCCUCAAUCCAUUCCAGCAGAAACAGUCAUCACAUACAAGAAAUGAAGAAUUAUGGUGCUUGCAGUAGAAUGAAUUGUUUGAAUGUGUGCUUGAUGUUUUUCAGUAUAUUUAAAUUUAUUAAUACUAUUAAUUUGAUCUAAACAUUAAUAAUUUUUUUUCUGUUUGCACAACAUUUUGCUUUGACAUGGUUUGACCUGGUGAAAUUUUGACCCAUCUAUUUAAUUGUUUGCAAAUUGGUUCAUAUACUGGAAGACUCGAGUACUCUUUACAAAUUGGCAGUUGUGAGUUUUAAAGUCAUUAUUAUACUCUAAAUGAAGAUGGAUACUAAUAUUUUUGUCAAAAGUCGCAGACAUACUGUGUAGUAUAUAUUUACCUCAACAUGCCUUGCUUUUCAGGGAUCAUAUUUUAUAUGCUCUGCUGCCAUAUGUUAACAAGUAGUGCCAUAAAAAAAACACUAAUUUCUGAGGGGCUUAUUUAUGACAUAUUUAACUUAUUUAUAAGUCAUCCUAAUAAAACUUUGGCAAUGAAAUAUGCAAAACCAAAAUUCAUUAGAAUAUUAAGUAAAAAUUCUUCCAUUAAAGGGAUGGUCCACUACGAUAUCAUAUUUUAAACUGUAGUUUUUGUGUAAUGUAGUUGUGUGAACAUAAAUAACAUCUCUGAAUGCUCAAAGUUCAUUGCAAAGAUAUAU